AUGUGCCAAGAUAAUAAAAUCGAUGAAGAUUGUUCUUAUGAAAAACGGUACACGUCUGAAGAGAACGACAACGAUCAUGAAAAAGGUACAAAAACGGUAACAUUCGAUCAUGAUACAACCUACCAAGAUGUUACCAUUGCGGCCGCAGAAAAUUCUCCGGCAGCAAAUCAAUCCAAAGAUCGUCCAGGAUUUUUUCACGAGACUUCAACAAAAGUCGCCUUUGGUGUGGCUAUAUUAAUUGCUUUUACUAUUGGAAUCAUCACAAUUUACUUUAUUAAGUGCAAACGCCGCAGAAGGAAAAAAAAUAGGGUUUCUAGACACCAGCUUCAGCUAAAACCAAAACGUACUAGUAAAGAUGCUAAAGAGAUGCAAUUUGUUGAGGAUUAA